AUGGAUUUGUUAGGAUCUAUAUUGCAGGCAAUGGAUAAACCUCCUUCGUGCUCGGAAAAACAAAAAAUGAUUCGUAAAAAAGAAAAAGAAGAAUUUCUUAAAAGGCAAAAGGAAAAAAAAGAAGUAUUAAAAAAAUUUAGACAAGAUGUUGAAAAUAAAUUAUCUGAAUUUCUACAAGAUGUCAGUUUAACCAAAUACGAAUUUGAACCAGCAGAUAAAGUUUUUAGAAGUGUAAUUCAUGAUGCUGCUGAAGUUGCCGGAGUUGCUGGAUUUACAAUCGGAGAAGAGGAUAUUGAUCGUAGAGUUAUUGUAUAUAAAAAAGAAUUUUCACCAUCAGAAGAAGAAUUAGCCGCAUUGAGACGAGGGGAAGAAUGGGAUCCUGAAAAGGCCAAACUUCUCGCUCGACAGAAAGAACUCGAAAUGAAAAAAGAAGAAGAAGAAAGGAUGAAAAACAAAAAUGUACAACCUACGACAAAUUACAUGGACAAAUAUACUCAUUUAAUCGGAGCUGUUGCAGCCAAAGAUGCUGCACAAAAAACACAAAUGAAUAAACAGUAUGGAUUCGUUCCUGCUGAAAAUAAAAGAGAUCAAAGAUCUAUUGAACAAACAUUAGCAGAUAUACAAAAUAAAAAAAGAUUAAAAACUUCACAUCCGACUUCUUGA